UCUAUUUCCAUUGUUUCUUCUAGCCACUUCUACAUCUACUGCUGGGACAAGUCAUCUCACAAGAUGUGAUGUGAAUAAGAAAGGCUACUGUGUAAAUGGGGGUGAAUGCUUCAUGGUCAAAGAUCUUCCAAACCCAAGAUAUUUAUGCAAGUGCCCAAAUGAAUUUACUGGUGAUCGCUGUCAAAACUACGUAAUGGCCAGCUUCUACAAGCAUCUUGGGAUUGAAUUUAUGGAAGCUGAGGAACUCUACCAGAAAAGGGUGUUGACCAUAACUGGCAUCUGCAUUGCUCUCCUUGUAGUUGGCAUCAUGUGUGUUGUGGCAUAUUGCAAAACCAAGAAGCAGCGGAAAAAGUUACAUGACCGUCUCAGGCAAGGCCUUCGAUCAGAACGCAAUCACAGGGUGAACAUGGCAAACGGGCCUCACCAUCCCCACCCACCGCCAGAGAAUGUCCAGCUGGUGAAUGUAAGUUUCACCUCAGCUUUGUUGAUAGUCGGUUCUUCAUCGCAAUAUGUAUCUAAAAACAUAAUAUCCAGUGAACAUGCUAUUGAGAGAGAAACUGAGGCCUCUUUUUCUACAAGUCACUAUACCUCAACUACACAUCAUUCUACAACCGUCACCCAGACUCCCAGCCACAGUUGGAGUAAUGGUCGGACCGAAAGCAUAAUCUCUGAAAGUCAUUCGGCCCUUGUGUGCUCCUCAGUUGAGAACAGCCGCCAUGCAAGCCCGUCAGGACCUCGGGGACGCCUCAACGGCAUUGCUGGACCAAGAGAAUACAACAGUUUUCUCCGGCACGCACGAGAGACACCAGACUCUUACCGUGAUUCACCGCACAGUGAAAGGUACGUAUCUGCCAUGACCACGCCAGCUCGCAUGUCUCCUGUAGAUUUCCACACUCCAAGUUCUCCAAAAUCACCAGCUUCAGAAAUGUCUCCACAAGUCUCCAGUUUAACAAUGUCUGUCCCAUCUGUAGCUGUCAGUCCAUUUAUAGAAGAAGAGAGGCCUCUCCUGCUGGUGACCCCACCCAGGCUGCGGGAAAAAUACGAGCUUCACUUACAACAGUUCAAUUCUUCUUACCACCACAAUCCUGUCCAUGAAAGCAACAGUCUACCACCGAGUCCCCUGAGGAUAGUAGAGGACGAGGAGUAUGAAACCACGCAGGAAUAUGAACCUACACAGGAGCCUCCAAAGAAAUUAGUCAACAGUCGAAGGGCCAAAAGAACAAAGCCCAAUGGCCACAUUUCCACUCGAUUGGAAAUGAACACUGACACGAGUUGUGAGAACAGUAGCUCAGAGAGUGAGACAGAAGACGAAAGGAUAGGUGAAGACACACCUUUUCUGAGCAUACAAAACCCUACAACCACUGACCUAGAAUCAGCUGCUGCAUAUAGGCUCACUGACACUAGGACUAACCAAGCCAGCCGCUUCUCAACACAGGAAGAAUAUCAAGCAAGAUUGUCCAGUGUAAUAGCUAACCAGGAUCCCAUCGCUGUAUAAAGGAAGGGGGGAAAACACUUUAAAAAAACCCACAUAGAUUCACAUGUAAAACUUUAUUUUAUAUAAUGAAAUACUCCAUGAUUAAAUUAAAACAAUUUAUUUUAUUUUAGCAAUUACGCUAUUAGGAUUUAAAAAAGAAAACCCAGGAGGGGAAAAAAAAACUUUUAUAAAUUAAAUAUAUAAUGUAUAUACAAAAGUGUUAUGUGCCAUAUGUAGCAAUUUUUUUACAGUAUUUCAAAAAUGAGAACGAUAUCAACGGUGCCUUUAUGUUAUGUUGAGAGCAAGUUUUGUAAAAGUUCCUAGUGACUGCUGUUCCACAGUAUUUCGCAGAAGUCUCUAAUAGUCUGUUUCCCAUCGGAUUCAUGGCAACUGGCUGUACGGUCUGUAAGAAUUGCAACCGUCCCUGUGUUGCUUGUCGUAGCUCUGAUAAAAGACAAAGAAAAAUCCCUACUGGCAUACCAACCUAAAAACAAAACAUGCUCAUUUCUUCUUUGAAGAGGCUUCUAUAUUUCCUUGCGUUUUUAUGAAUUGUUCUCUGACAAAAACAAGAUUUAUUUUGGAACCCUUGAGAAAAUGGGCAGGUCCAACAGCCUGCCAUUGUCCUGGUUUUUUUUUUUUAAGGAUAAUACAGCUUUCAGAAACAUAGAACUAUAUCCAAUAUUAGGUACCACUGUAGGUUUGUCCAUUUGAAUAUAAUUACCCAAGAAUCUACUUGAAUUUAAAUAGGGAGCUAUCAUUGCUACCACCCACAACCUUUUCACUGAGACACACAUGGACGUGCACGCACAUAGUUUUGAUUUACGUAACAAUAUUUCCUAGAUGUUCACAAAUGGUUUGACAGAAACAUAGUGGGAUCCAAUCUAGUAGGAAGUCCUAUGCAAGCAUCUUUUAAAUUAAUAGGAUGGAUCCAAGAAAAAGGAGUUUCUUGUUUUCAUGUCCUUUGUAUGGGAGAAACUGCUACUGGAUUAUCCUGGGUUAAGUAAAUCGAAGUACCACGGCAGGCAUUUUUAGACCAUCAAGGAAGUGGAGAAAAGCAGAGGAAAUGUAAUACCCACUGCUUAAAUUAAAGUCACUUUGAAACAAAAAUUUUCAGGUAGAGCACUCUUUUUUUUCCCCAUUUUAGAUCGGGACAAUCGAGAGCAAAAACUAUGAUUUCGCAGCGGAUUAUCACUUCCUGCGUGCUUAAAUUUUCUAGUUUACACAUGAAUGGAAUCCAAAUGUGGUAAAAUGAGCUCUAAUAGAAAAGGGUAAACAUGUUCUGUAGGCCUAGUGACCUAUUAUGUUUUUUAACCUACGUAUUAGUAAGACGAGCAUGUUUAUACUUCUCAGGCUCCCGUCAUGCAUGGGUUUUGUUAUAUAAAUAUAUUUAUGCAUGCGGCCAGAAAUAGGUAGAAGCUGUCUUUCUUCGAGGCAUGUUGGAGAAACAAUUUGGACAUGAUAAGAGCAAAUGCAUUUGUUUAAACUCCAGUUUGGCCCAAUCCCUUACAAGGGGUUCUGUUUCUAGAGCAAAAACAUCAAGGCAGGUGAAGGAAGCUUGUCUAAGUAAAAUGAAUUCCUCGGCGGAGGGGAACAGGAGAAGGGAGAUACAGAGUGCUGAGCUGCAGAUAGGAACAAAGUAAUCAUCCAUGCUAUGAUUUUCUCCCUCAAAUAUGUAACCUCUUGCUCUGCUUUAUGCAUCAUUUGGGCAGACUAAGUUCAAACAAACAGGUCUGGUAUUUAAUUUGGCACCAGCAGCAACAUUACUGCAGCUUCUUAAUUCACAAGCCAGUAAUUUAUUUUGGAGACCUGAAUCUGGGACAAAAUUAGCCUUGAUUGAUAUCACACUAUAGAGCGCAGCCCAGAGGCCAAAGACUAACAAAACUGUACUCUUAGCCUUCCUAGCGUUGGCAAUCAUGUCCUGUUGAUACUGUUGUGAAUAAAAAGCAAAGUGGUUUGUAUAAAUGCUGCUGAGCUUUGGGGGAAUCAGUGAGAAAAAAAAAUCUUUUAUAUAAAAAAAAAAUCAUGCCCAGUGCUCAAAUUUACUUCACAGAAGGCCUAAUCUGGAGAAUGUUAACUUGGUUACUGAAGGCUAACAGGGCAAUUCUAGUCCUAUGUAUCGGAAGAUAAUUAUACAGUAGAGUAGACUUCUGCAUAGCCCUGGUUAGAAUCGCUAUAUAAAGUGAUACAUUUCAGAAGCACCAGUAAAACACAUUCCUGUUAUGUAACAUUGGUUCACUGCGAGUUUCCAAAUCAUUAUAUUGACUCCAAGUGGGUAUUGAAGCAAUCUGUUGAAUAUUCAGUUCUGAUUCAUAACUUUAUAUGUCUUUCCUAAUAUUCACUUAACAGGCUUCAAUUGCAUUCCCUUUCUCUAUUGACAAAGUGUGUUUUUUUCUGCAUUGCCAAAGAACCCCCUGAAGCAGGGGUGUCCAACCUUAGCAACUUUACGACUUGUGGACCUCAGCUCCCAGAAUUCCCAAGCCAGCAUGAUUGACUGGGGAAUUCUGGGAGUUGAAGUGCACAGGUCUCAAGGUUAACAAGGUUGGGCACCCCUGCUCUAGGAGGUUCUUAUUUCUAAAAUUUUUCCAAAUAUCAUAAACCCUUUUCCCAAACUCUGAUAUUUUGUAGGAACUCUUUGGCUAAGAUGCCAAAGCAGGGACAUUGUUUCUUAAGCAUAAAGUUGAACAAACCAGAGAAAGUUUUCCAGAAUGUUACCAAUCCUUGACAUUGAAUGAGGAUUCUGCUGUUAAUAUGCAUACUUCUUCCAGUAACAUUUCUUCACUUUUCUAUUGUUUCAGAUGCACUAAGGCUAUUGUGUAGGCUGUAUGGGGGAAAAUAGUGAAAACAGGCAUGUACAUAUUUCAUGUAGUAUAAUUGAUAGGGUAUAUUGGGGCUCCAAUAUAAAAGAAAACAAAUAAUUUCAGACUUCAGGAAGGUUAUUCCGACUCUAUGCUACAUGGUUUAGAUCAGUGGUUCUCAACCUUUUUAAUGCCGCAACCCCCAACCGGUCGUAAGUCGAGGACUAAACCGGUCAUAAGUCGAGGACUACCCAACUGGUCGUAAGUCGAGGACUUUG